AUGGCCAAUGCCACCAUGAGGUUUCCUACCUUGUUAGGAAACCUUCUCAUCAUCAUGGUCACCACUGAUGAACAGAAUCUGCAUAUGCCCAUGUACUUCUUCCUCAGGAACCUGCCCAUCUUGGACAUAUGCUUCAUUUCCAUCACUGUCCCCAAUGCCUUUGUCAACUCUUUCAUUAUCAACUGGGUCAUUUCAGUGACUUGUUAUGCAACACAGAUCUUCUUGGUCCUUUUUUGUGCAUACGUAGGUGUUUUGAUUCUCUCCAUCAUGGCCUGGGACUGCUAUGUGGCCAUCUGCCAGCCCCCAAUGGAUCCUCAGUUUUGUGUCCGCAUGACCUGGGCUUCCCUGCUCAGUGGUCUGCUGUACUCAGGUGUGCACACAGGGAACACAUUCCGGCUUUCCUUCUGCCAGUCAAACACGGUCCACCAGUUCUUCUGUGACAUCCUCUCUCUGCUGAGGUUUUCCUGCUCUGACACCACCAGCAACAAGUUUCUUAUUCUUGUCUAUGCUGUGGUCAUUUGUGGUGGUUACUUUACAUUUAUUGCCAUGUCAUACAUUCACAUAUUUUCUGCUGUGCUAAAAUUUCCCACCAGAGCCCCAGGGAAAGUCUUCUCCACCUGCACCCCUCACAUUCUCCUGGUGUCCAUUUUCCUCAGUUCUGGCUCAGGUGUGUUCCUGAGGUCCUCAGCAACCUCUGACACCCUCCAGGACAUGGUUCUGUGUGCCUUUUACACCGUAGUUCCUUCCUUCCUGAAUCCUCUCCUCCACAGUCUCAGAAACAAACAGGUAAAGGAAGCUGUGAGGAGAGUAAUGCAAAGACAGUUGUUGUCAGGGAAAUUAUAA